UAUUGUCAAUUGCAGAGCGAAUCAUUUAUUCAGAUCUGGCUCUCGCGUUAUCAACUGGUUAAAAAUUUCGAAAUUGUUUAAAGAGAAAAAAUGUUAAAUUUGUGGUUUGUGUCUCAUCUCCUAAUUGUGAUGGCUGGUUUGCCAAUAUCUUUUGGACUCUUCAGUCACACUUGCAAAUACAAGAAAGAGGUGGAAGUCAUGCGUUCUAAAAGCUAUUACAAAGAUUGUUGUCAAGGAUGGACGAAAGGAUUAUUUGGAAAAUGUAACAAAAAAACCUGUAUUGUUUUACCACAGUUUGUAAAGCUGCAAAUGUGCCCAUUGCUUCGUCAUACGAGUUUACAACUUAAUCGUAAAUUUUACGUUUUAACGAAACCUUCCAAUCCACCAAAAAGGUAUCCUAAUGAAUCAAAAAACCUUGCUGAAUGUGUGUCCUACCCUUUGCUCAAUCAACCGUCUCCCAGAGUUGUCGCUAACAGUUUUACAAAUCUUGAACUGCACGAAAGGAAAUGGUUGAUAAACUACAUCGCCCAGGCUACCUGGAAUAGAAUAAUUGCUGCAAAAGUCAAUUUAAAGAAUUCGAAGUACACAACAAACGAUGAUUACCUCAAUCUGUUGGAAAGAUUUCGGUCAGGUCAAACCAAAGGUGUUGUUCCUAUAAACUUUCCUGGUGUAAAGCCUAUGAGAAUCAGCCUAGCUAGUUUGUCUCCUUACAUAAAGUAUCCUUCGCAAGAACUGCCAUUUUAUGACAUCAUCAAGAACGAACAUUGGCAAGAUGAUCACGUGUUUACAAUGCAACGGUUGGCUGGCAUGAACCCGAUGGCCAUCAGGAAAAUGACAAAAGGAGACUUUGGAAAAGACUACGUCAACAAGAAUUAUGAUUGGGACGCAGCUAUGUCAAGAGCUACAGGAGAAACUACAACAGUCAAUAAGAUGAUUGAUGACAAUCGGGCUUUCAUCAUCGACUACAAACUGUUAUUUGGUGUGACAGACAUGGAUGAUUUUUAUGAUACAACGAAAGGAAGAAAAAUGAGGUGGUCAUCAAGUCCUUUUUGUGUGUUUGUCGUGGAAAAGAGUAGUAAGGACCUGAAGCCAGUUGCCAUUCAAACAAACCUUACUUCAGAUUCCCCAGUGUACUCUCCAAUUGAUGGAAAGAAAUGGCAAUAAAGAUGGAUUAUGCCGAUCUCUUAUGAAGAACUUGUCGCGAAGACACAUCUUCUUAUGGAACCAAUGUGUGUCAUUAUGCAAAGGACUCUUUCCAAAUUCCAUCCUCUUUAUCAGAUAUUUCUCAUUGUCCAUUGGAUAUCUGGUGGUGAACUUAUCAAUCGAGCCUACAAUGAAAUUUCAUGGGAUACCACAGACUUUGCGACUAAUUUGAGGUGCUGGGAAUAUGUGAAUCUGUAUUACGAAAAUGAUGACGAAGUGACUAAAGAUGAAGAAUUGCAGGAUUUCGCCAAUGAACUGUCCGCAGAUGGCACUGGACCCAAUGGAGGAAUUGGAAGGUUUAAGAAAUUUCCAGCGAGGAUUUCAUCAAAAAGUGCACUUAUCGACGUUGUAAAGAGAAUUGUAUUCAUCCCAGUGCAACACAGUGCUGUCAAUUAUCCAGUGGCUUAUUACGCUGGUUUUGUACCAAAUCAACCAACCAAGCUUUACAACGAUUCCAGAGUACCACCGGGAGAGUUUGAAUUUGACAGUUUGCCACAAUCUGAUGGUGCCGUGGAACAAGUGUCUUUAUCCAUGUCUUUGGGUUCGCUUCGUUUUGACGUUCUUCUUGAUUAUGGUGACAAAUUGAAAGAUCAUCGUGCUAAGGCUGUCGUCAAUAAAUACCACGCAAGAUUGAUUGGACCAAUCAACGAUGAAAUCACCAUCAGAAAUGAUGAAAGAUUAGCUGCAGGGAAGUUUACUAACCCUUAUUUUCUUCCCAAAUGGAUAACAAACAGUAUUUCCACAUAAAAAAAUUUGCAUGUUAUGAAUGAGUGCUAAAAUAUUGCAAUGUCAGAGCCUCAGAGAUUUGUGGUAACGUGGUUGUUGUAGUCAUCUGUAUUCGUUGGAAACUUAUGUUGAAAUUAAAAAAUUAAUUUUUUGUUCAAA